UCCCGCGGAGCAGACAGGAGCGCGCAGGAGGCGCAGGAGGCGCAGGAGGCGGAGUCCCACGGACGGCGUUGUCAUUGGCCGCGACGAAAGUGCUCCUCCACCUGCGUGGAGGCGCCACAGCUGCGCGCCCACUUGUGGGUGUGACAAACAUUUGGUGCUCCUCGGUUGGACACGACAUGACCGGGUUUUUGUGCUGCUGCUGAUAGGCUUUGGAGCUUUUGGGUUCUCCUCCCCGCUCAAGAAGCGGCGGACCCACAGAGACACGCACGCACUCAGCGGGGCUUCCACGGCGGCCUCCCGUGGCGAGGGAUGUUUGGCAUGUGUCGCGCACUGGGGCGCAGGUAAGCUUUGGUGUCUGUGAGCUCCAAAUGCAUUUACUCGUCCCGGGACGGGAGAAGCGACAAGAAAAAGAAGACGAAGAAGAAGCCGGGUGCGGAGUCAGCGUGUGCGUGGGCUUCGCGCCCCACGUUGCCGCCACCAUGUUCAGCUGCGUGGGCUGCUUCUGGGUGCUCCUCUCCUCCGCCCUGGUCGCAGUGUGCAGUUUCAGUUUCAUCUCUCCUGCGUGGAUUGUGAAGGAGCAGCUGAGGACCAACCACCACCACCAUCACCACCAUCACCACCACCACCACCACCACAAUCAUCAUCAUCACAAGGACUCGGUGAGCUUUGGCUUGCUGUGGCACUGCUCCGAGUCUCUGGACCACAUGUACCGCUGCUACACCUUUGGAGGGCUUGGCAAAUUUGCUGAAAUCCCGUCCAGUUCAUGGCAGACCAGCGCAGUGCUGUGCUCGGGAGGAUGCGCUUUGCUGGCUGUCAGCUCCCUGAUGGCCAUCAUCACCAUCUUCCUGCCCGGCGGAGGUUGCGAGAGGAGGAUCUGCACCCUGGCUGGAUACACGCAGAUGGCCGCAGUGUUCAUCAUGGCUGCAGGACUGCUGGUCUACCCCUUCGGGCUCAACUCUCCACUCGUCAGGUCCUUCUGCGGAGACUCGGACGUCUACAAUGCCGGCGAGUGCCAAAUCGGCUGGGGUUACAUGCUGGCCAUUGUCGGCGUUAUGCUCACCAUUUUUUUGCCCUUUUUUGCAAAAUAUGCACCAAAGGAGCAAUUGUCUCCCACCCCCUUGCCCGCUCUCUUAUAG